CAAUAUAAAAUUGGAAAAGAUUCCCCAUUCCAAGGCAAACCUGUGUGUAAUCGUCGUGUUUUUCGUGCGUGCGUGCAUAGAGUAAUUGGUGUUCACAAAAAACGGAACGGGAAAGUAAGGCAGCGUGUGUAAAAUAGUGUUCCGCUGCGCACACACCCUUGCCCGUUUGCUUCUGGACUGGAGUAACACUGCAAGGGCGAAACCCCGUUGCGCGACCAUUAUUCAUCAUCCGUUCACGCAUCCCACGGUUUGAUAAGGGUGAUCCACAGGAGAAGCUACCAUCCCGACGAGAAUCCAGCAACCCCGCUAGCUAUAUAUUUUGCGAAGCAUAAGUCAUCGGCGCGUUAUCAUCCGCAAACACGACGAGAAACAAACCGAGCGCAGAGGGCGGUUGUGCGCCCGAAAGUGGAAAGUCGUUGCAAUCGCACACACAAACACUCGUCCGCUGUUCGGUUGGAGAAGAACACCAACGGUUUACAAUACAACACCACGGGUGCGCGCUCGGUGUCGUCAUCUCCGUCGUCGAAGACGUCGAGAAAAAGUGUAGCUGGACGUACGGAACCAAACCCCGCCACACAUAGCCACACGGCGAGUCUCUGUGAUCACGAUUUUGGCCGUGUUUUUCCAGCCUACUACGUUCGUUGCUUACGAGUAGAUCGAGGAAGGAAACACAGCGGCGCAACAGCAUCAAAACCACCCCCUCAUUCCGACACAAGAGGGUAGUUGCAAUCGUUGGGAAAAUAACCAUUGUCCUAGUUCCUGUCCUCGGGAACUCUGGAGCAUUUAGAAUAAAAUUGUAACCCUCCCAAGUUGCGUGAGUGUGUGUGUGUGCGUGCGUGUCUGUUAAAUAAUCUCCCACGGCAUCGUUGUGUGGCAAAAAGUAAAUCGAAUAAUCGGCAUUGAAGAUAGUGAUGAAGUGUGAUACGGUGUAAGGGUGUGUGCUGCGCUAGAAGUUUAGUCAGUGCGCGCGGCUAGGGUUUAAUAAUUGACUCGCGUGAAGAGCAGCGCGCGUGCGAGUGUGUGUAGGUGUACGAGGGUGCAAGUGCGUUGGUGUGCGUGUAUAAGGGUGAGUGUGUGCGUUCGCAUCCGCUCGCGCGGAUAUAGUACACACAGGUCGGCACUGCUGCAUCCUAUUGGAGGGUGGCAAGUGCACCCGAAAACCCCCUCCUGAGUGAGACUGAGAGUUUAUGCUGGGGCAAUAUAUAGUAGAGAAACCGACGAUCACUAGAUUAGCGCCAUUACGCGCAUUUUGAGGGUGAGCUCCCCCUUUUCUUUGCUGUUAAGCACACAUACGCAAGCUAAGGGUGUGUACAGUGCGUGUGUCGCUGUUUUUUGUCUGUUUCAUUCCAUCUCACUCGCGAAUAGUGGAGUUCGUGGAGGCAAUUGAGAGCAGCAACGGUUUAAUUGAUCCGCGCACCGAGGGGGGAACCUAACGUGAUCAGCUCGUUUGCUUACUAAGCCCUGUGUGUGAGUGCGUGCGUGCUUAAGUUGAUCAUCAUCUUCUUCGUCAUCAACCCCUGUCAGGUUACCCUGGAGAGCAUCGUAGCAAAGCAAACAUCAUCUAAGCAAGGUGAAAGAGGGUGAUUACACAGUGUGUGGGAGCGAGAAAAAGCAAGUGAAAAGUGAGAAAGAUAUUGUACUGGGCAGGAACGAGCAGGUAGAUCGGGGUUUAAGCUGUGAGUGACGGCAAGAGCGUGCGAAUAUCGAUCGACAGGCACAGCACAACGCGAGUUAAGUCAUACAAUGAAUGAAAUCGAAGCACUGCGCCAAGAGGCGGAAACGAUGAAGAAUGCGAUCCGGGACGCAAGGAAAGCGGUCUGCGAUACUUCCAUCCUGCAGGCCACCGCACAGUUGGAAGCGGUUGGCAGGAUUCAGCUCCGUACGAGACGUACCCUGCGGGGACAUUUAGCGAAGAUCUACGCCAUGCACUGGGGGAACGAUUCGAGGUAUCUAGUGUCGGCCUCCCAGGACGGGAAGUUGAUCGUGUGGGACUCACACACCACCAACAAGGUGCACGCGAUCCCGCUCCGUUCGUCCUGGGUGAUGACGUGCGCGUAUGCACCGUCGGGCAACUUUGUCGCCUGCGGCGGUCUGGACAACAUCUGCUCGAUCUACAACCUGAAGACGCGCGAGGGAAACGUACGCAUCGCAAGGGAGCUGGGUGGACAUACGGGAUAUCUGUCGUGCUGUCGGUUCCUGGACGAUAACCAGAUCGUGACGAGUUCGGGCGAUAUGUCCUGUGCGCUUUGGGACAUUGAGACGGGUCAGCAGUCGACAUCAUUCCAGGGUCAUACGGGCGACGUGAUGGCGCUGUCGUUGGCACCGCAGGGUAAAACGUUCGUGUCCGGUGCGUGCGAUGCGAAGGCGAAACUGUGGGACAUUCGGGAGGGCCAGUGCAAGCAGACAUUCCCGGGACACGAGAGCGAUAUCAAUGCGGUAGCAUUCUUCCCGAAUGGAUUUGCGUUUGCGACCGGUUCGGAUGAUGCCACCUGUCGGCUGUUCGAUAUCCGGGCCGACCAGGAGCUGGCGAUGUACUCGCACGACAACAUCAUCUGCGGUAUCACGUCCGUGGCGUUCUCAAAGUCGGGUCGGUUGUUGUUGGCAGGGUACGAUGACUUCAAUUGUAAUGUGUGGGACACUAUGAAGGCGGAACGGGCCGGCAUCCUGGCCGGGCACGAUAACCGAGUGUCCUGCUUAGGGGUGACAGAGAAUGGAAUGGCCGUGGCGACCGGCUCCUGGGACUCGUUCUUGCGCGUGUGGAACUAAUCGUGGCACUGUCGCGUUCAAGAAGAAAGCAUGCGUUGUCUCUACUGAUCAGACCAAGAGAUCGCACACAGGGGGGUUGUCAUCGUUGCGGCAAAAACCGUUCGUUAACACGUUCAGCGCCGUGUCAAAAAUCGCAAUAGUUACCGUGAGGCAGCUGUCAAAGCUUACUUGGCUUUUUGUGUAGCACAUCACCCAUUUUUGGGUGAUACGCCCAGGCGGUAACCAUUGGCAGCACCCAAAUAUGGGUGAUGCGGCGCUGAACGUGUUAAAAGCUUACUUUUCAUAUUUUUUAUUACCAUUCCCUUCCUGUUCAUAUCCGUUGUACGAUAUAAUUUUGUUUAAGGAUUACACCGUUAGCUGCUGACUUUUAAUAGAAACCCGCAAGAGAGUUGCAAUCAGCGGCUUCGUUAUUCACGGUGUGUAUUGAUUACACUACUCAACAAAAACAGCAGCACACACUGUACACCGUAUGGGUAGUGCUAGCGAACGACAGAGGGCGCCACCAAGCAACGCAUACACAAAAGGGGAAAUUUCAAAUCGAAAAGUACGCUGAUAAACCGAUCCAAACGAUACGGUUUCAGGAAGGGAAAAAUAGUUUCUGCAUUAAGUUUCCAGAUAAAACCCGCGUGCACUUGCAGGUGUUUUAGUGGUUCGUAAAUAAUGGAACGGGCAAGAGGGGAUGCACAACACAAAACCUGUUAACUUUACCGCGCGAAAUGGUGGGGUUGUUUUUAAAUUGGAAAGAGUAAGCUGUAUUUUUUAUGCAAUUUGCGUACACCUGUAUUAUCCCAUCUUGAUGUUUAUUUUCUUUUUUUUUCGUUUCGUUCGACUCCCAUUUUCGCUGAAGCUUUCGAACGAUGGGGAGGUCGCGAAUGUCUCACGUUAACACGUUAAUGAGCGUAUUGUGAAUUAGCAAGGAGAAAAAAAAACCCUAAUGAGAAAAACGCAUCCUAAGUACGUGUACGGCGUUGUGUUUUUAGGUUUAGUAUUUAAGUUUUAUUCAUUUGGCCUUUUGGGGGCUUCAGUUCAUGUUGCAUCGGGAGGGGAACCGCGCAUGUAUUCCAUAAAAGUUGUCUUCCCGGACAUGCGAAGGUAAAGAAGCGGCGAGCAGAAGGCACACAGAGAGGUAGAGCUCAGCCCGGCUUACGAACAUCGAUUGGCAUAGACUAUUAUUAUAAUUAUUAUACUAAAGAAUCAAAUCUUUGUUAAUCCUAGGAUGUGUAGUAAUGAAUGCGCAGAGUUUGUGGCAACUAAAAAGGUAUAUUUAUGACAUGCAAAAGUAUCGGGUGAAAACAGAUAUGCAAAUUUAAAAAAACAUAUAAAAGUACACAAAAUAAUGUAGGAUCUCCAGGAAUGGAUGGGACGAACGUUGAGUUCAAAUAAAUUGGUUCAAAACGAAAGAUAAUGCAGAACGUAAAUAGAAACACCCUAAGCAAACUGUUUACAAUACUUUUUUUUGACAAUAGUAAUGAUUCAGGUUAGUUAAAACCGAGUUGGUCCACAAAUCCCAGCAGGCGUACCCAACGUACAGCAAUAAUUGAAUACAGUAGUAGUGAUGGACGUUACUUCUCCACAAGUACAGGGGUAGUCGGCAGUAGUAGCAGGGAACAAAUUGGAAACAAUGGAAGUUGCAUAUACACCUAGUAGCCGAUCCCGAAGCAAAGAAAGCCGACCAAGAAAUGCCCGGCCAGAUAGAAUGGACGCACACAAAACACUGUGUUGUAUGUUGUUUUAAGUAGUUUACCAACCAUAAGCCCAUCUUGCACUAGCCAAAUUCCAUAUUCAAGAUGGUGUGUCAUCGUGUCGUUAGGAACCGUAUUGUAAUGAAUGGGUUGCUGUUUAAGCUAAAUUGCGGAUUUCUUGUUACGUGCAAAUCGUCUAAAUUCAUGAAUAAAGUCUCAUAUGUGUAUAUCUA